AUGGACGUAGUGUGCGAAGUGCCCACGUCCACAACGACGACUCGCACAGAAACAACCAGCACUUCCUCGACACAGACGACGACCAGUGAAACUCAAACGACAUCCACCUCUUCCACUUUCUCAGCGACUACUACAGCCACUUUCAGCAGUACCACUUCAACCAGCUCGUUGACCGAGACAAGUCAAACCACAACCUCCGUGACUGCGACGACGCAAACUGAAACCACCACGUCCUUCCUGACCACGUCUUCAACCGUCACCACGCAGACAACGACGAGUGAGACGGUGACCACACAGACAACCACCUCUGCCACGGUCACUACGACGACCAUGACCACAACAACCGGAAUGACGGCUGUGCUGCAGUUUUCGGUCUCCGCCGGCGACACGGUGCUCAUUGUGGACAGCAACGCUGGCUUCAGCAUCGGUGACAUCAUCCGCAUCUCGCGGCCGAGUCAGCCCAGGUUCUACGAGUUCGUUGAGAUCACGGCUUUCGGAACCGUUACGAUUACGGCGAGGCGUUUGACGACCUACAGCACUUGGACGAUCUCGCCGCCUUUGGAGAACGCCUACGGACCAGGGGCCGCCAUCCAGAACUACGGGCCAGCGAGCUCCUUUACCGGGGGGGACCCGGUCACUUACUUCGGUGGGCAGAAGUGGAAGUUCUGGCUUCCCUUGCGGCAGGAGCUGCUUUUACUGGCCACGCCAGACUUGCGCCUCUAUGGCCGCGUCUUCCCAGGACCCCAAAUCGAUCAGCAAUGGUUCGAUUACUUCAUGGUGGCCCUGCCGGACGACACGCCCAUUGCCACAGUCCGGGUGAAGCCGCACUCCAACCGAACUCUUGCCGCCUCCCGGCGAUGUGGCUCCAAGCGGUUUGAGAUGCUGGACAUCUUCCUGG